AUGGAGUUCAAUCAGCAUGUGGACUCCGCACUGACCACUUUUGUGGACAACACCAAGUUCUUCAGGGAAAUGGCAGAGGUCGUGUCCGAUUUCAGCGAUGACGGGCAGAUCCAGAAGCUGCUGGAGGAAAGCGCCCGGCUGCGCGUGGAGCACGCUGAGAAUCUCAUCCGUCUCAAGAGCAAGCACCAGUCACUCAGCCAGGCUGUGCAGCAGAUCCAGAACUUGAGCUCCACCAUCGAAGAGUUCGAGGAAGAGUGGAAGGAGCGCUCCGAAGCGGUGGAGCAGAAGCGCAUCAAUGUCAAGAACAUAGCCGAGUUUAAGAACUUCAAGAAAACUGUGGAGGUCAAUGGUCAAGCGAAUGGCGCCAGCCAGGAUAAGGACCUUAUCAUGGAAGGAAUCGAAGAGACCGGCGGCGAGAUCUUCUCGCUCUACGAUCCCUGGUCUAAGGCCCUGAUGAAGAACCCCGUGCGCAACGAGAAGUGCGGUCACAUCUACGACCGCGAUUCGGUGAUGCUGAUUAUCAAGGACAACAUUGGCAUCCGAUGUCCGGUGCUCGGCUGUGCCAACAGGACCUACAUCCAGCCAGCGCACCUGGUUGAAGAUGCCAACGUCCAGCAGAAGAUACAACAGCGAAUGGCCGAAGAGAUUGAGGAUGGCACUGCCUCGGAGGAGGACGAGGAACAGGCAGAUGAGGAUUGA